AGGGGGGGAAGAAAAGGGAAUUCCAACCUGUGGAAUCUUGGGGGGUCCCCGGGGUCGGCUGCUUCCCACUGACUGUGGAUGGUGCCCGGGACGGAGCCUCUGGUGGCUCGUGGGGGGGGCCCGGGGGUCCGCAGGGUGAGGGCGGAGGGAAGUGUCAGUGUCAGAGUGUGAGUGGGGUACGGGAGUUCCAAACUUAGUCUCGAGGCCCUCGGGGCUCCGGCGCCGGGAAGAGGGAGCUCGGGCCGCCAUGCGCGACCGGACCCACGAACUGAGACAGGGGGAUGACAGUUCGGACGAUGAGGACAAGGAGCGGGUCGCGCUGGUGGUACACCCGGGCACGGCACGGCUGGGGAGCCCGGACGAGGAGUUCUUCCAAAAGGUCCGGACAAUUCGACAGACUAUUGUCAAGCUGGAGAAUAAAGUCCGGGAGUUGGAGAAGCAGCAGGUCACCAUCCUGGCCACGCCCCUUCCCGAGGAGAGUAUGAAGCAGGACCUGCAGAACCUGCGUGAGGAGAUCAAACAGCUAGGGAGGGAGAUCCGAGCACAGCUGAAGGCCAUAGAGCCCCAGAAUGAAGAAGCUGAUGAGAAUUAUAACUCAGUCAACACAAGGAUGAGAAAAACCCAGCAUGGGGUCCUGUCCCAGCAAUUCGUGGAGCUCAUCAACAAGUGCAACUUGAUGCAGUCCGAGUACCGGGAGAAGAAUGUGGAGCGGAUUCGGAGGCAGCUGAAGAUCACAAAUGCUGGAAUGGUGUCUGAUGAGGAGCUGGAGCAGAUGCUGGACAGUGGGCAAAGCGAGGUGUUUGUGUCCAAUAUCCUGAAGGACACACAGGUGACUCGACAGGCCCUAAAUGAGAUCUCAGCCCGGCACAGUGAGAUCCAGCAGCUUGAACGCAGCAUCCGUGAACUUCAUGAGAUUUUCACUUUCCUGGCUACAGAAGUGGAGAUGCAGGGGGAGAUGAUCAACCGGAUUGAGAAGAACAUCCUGAGCUCAGCAGACUAUGUGGAACGCGGGCAGGAACAUGUCAAGAUUGCCCUGGAGAACCAGAAGAAGGCUCGGAAGAAGAAAGUCUUGAUCGCCAUUUGUGUGUCUGUCACUGUCGUCAUUCUGGCAGUCAUCAUUGGUAUCGCCACAUUGGUUUGAGAGCAUUGCACAUUCUUGGCUCUAAGAACACCGGGGACCCGGGUCUGCCUUCUCUCCCAGCAGCUGAGGGGGGAGGGCAGGACAGAGCCUCCAACUGGACCCCCUUCCUCACACUGGCCCUGUGCAGAGGGGCAGACAGUUCUUCUGGGGUUGGCAGCCACUCAUUCAUGGGGGCUUCUCCACUCAGCCACAAUGCCUGGGGGAAGGCCUGCAGCGUCCUGUUUGGCUGGGACACAUGGUUUUGUAAGAAAGUAAAAAAAGACAAACAAAAAAAUGA